AUGAAUGCACUUGAGAGAAUAACCCAAAUAAUCAAUAAAAUACAGAAGGAAAGGGAGGAAUUAGAAGUAGAAAUAAGUGAAUAUUUAGUAACAGAUGAGGCACACCGGGUUAAAGCCCAGAGAGAAAAAGACCUCAAGCAAUAUUUGGUUAUUUCUGAGUACAUAGAGAAGGAAAUAACAGCACCAAAACCAGAGAAAUCCGAAAAAUUAGCACCCCAGGACAAAGCACAAGCUGUGCAAUUACUUAACAAAAGACUUUCUCAAGUGAAUAACACCCAGGAAAAAACUAAAAUAAUUUCAGAUUUAGUCAUUGAGUAUAUACAGCAAAACAUACCAAAUAGUAAACUAGACGCAUUCACUGUGAUACUUCUUAAGCGCAUGAUAGAACAAAUAAAAGCACAAGUAUCCACGAAUAAGGAAUCUGCUGUGGGGUAUGCUUAUUUACUAAUAUGGUUAUCACAGCGUAUACCGAAUCUUAUAAGUAAGUAUAAGUACACUAUGUUUACAUCUGCACUACCACUGGACUGUUUAUUAGGGAUGUACAGAGUUUAUUUUACAGUGCUUAAAGAAUCAAAUAAUCCAGGAGAUGCGUGGAUGUUUAUAUCAUCACUUCUUAAUUACACUGAAGAAAUAAGCAGUACGUUCAACCCGUGUGUUAUUUCUGUAUUUUUAGAUGUGCUCCUUUUAUUUAUGAAGAAUAUUUAUGCGAAGUCAUGGUUUAAAAUAGAGGAGUACAUAAAGAAUAUUUAUUUACCGCUUGUUGACUCAAAGAAGUAUGCAACGGAAAUAUUGCAGAUAAAGUCGUAUUUGACCUAGUGUGA